AUGGCCAUCUCUAGGGUUUUGUUGUUGUUUGCUCUCUGUGUGCUUCCGGGGCUUGUCAGCGCACGCACAUUGGGCAACCCCUUCCACAUCCAGGGCCGCGUCUACUGCGACACUUGCCGUUGUGGUUUUGAGACCACUGCCACCACUUACAUUCCCGGUGCAACUGUGAGAAUUGAGUGUAAAUACAGGAACACCUUGCAGCUUGCUUACAGUGUUGAGGGAGAGACCGACGCAACUGGAACAUACAACAUUUUGGUUGAAGAUGACCAUGAGGACCAAAUCUGUGAGUCUGUUCUUGUUAGCAGCCCAGUAAAUGACUGUAAAUCAGCAGACCCGGGACGUAAACGUGCGAACGUGGUGGUCACCCGUUACAACGGCGUCGUUAAGGACAAGCAUUACGCAAAUAACAUGGGAUUCUUCAAGGAUCAGCCGUUGGCUGGGUGUGAAGAACUGCUAAAGCAAUACUUGAACUAUGAUCAGCCAGAAUAG